GCCAUGACGCCCUGUUGUUGUAUGCCGACUCUGAGCUACUCGGCUAACCAGCUUCUUUAUACACAGUGCCUUAUAAAGAUAUUUAGCUAAUUAAAACAACAUCAUGCCUCCGAAAAAGAAAGGCACAAAGUCUCCUAAGGUAAAGCGCGGGGCUGUGGUUGAUGGACUUUCCACAGAGGACAUGUCCAAGGAGCAGCUGGAAGAACACAUUAUCCGGCUGCGUGAGGAGCUGGACCGGGAGAGAGAAGAGCGUAAUUACUUUCAGCUCGAAAGAGAUAAAAUACACACCUUCUGGGAGAUCACCAAACGACAACUGGAGGAGAAAAAAGCUGAUUUAAGGAACAGAGACCGAGAAAUGGAAGAAGCUGAGGAGAGCCAUCAAACUGAAAUCAGGGUGUACAAGCAGAAGGUGAAACACCUGCUGUAUGAACAGCAAAACAGCAUUACCGAGCUUAAGACAGAGGGAGUGGUUGCCACCAAACUCCUGGAGAAAGAGCAGGCAGAGGUGGAAAGUGAGCUGCAGCGAGCCAAGCGCAACCUGAAAGUAGAUCUGAAAGAACAGGAACUCUCAACCGAGAACUACGUUAAGAACCUAAAACUGAGUCACGAUAAGGAGAUCACCAAGCUGAGAAGUGAAUUUGAGGACAAAGUUCGAGAAAUCGAGGCUACUUAUGAGAAGAAGAUGCAAAAACAGCGAGAGGAGCAAGACCUUAGACGCAAGACUGAACUCCACGAGAUUGAGCAAAGAAAGAGCUCCCACAUUAACACACUGAUAAAGAACCACGAGAAAGCGUUCAGCGACAUUAAGAACUAUUACAGUGAUAUCACUCUUGGGAGCUUCAACCAAAUCAACUCGCUUAAGGAGCAAGUAGUUGAAAUGAAGAAGAAGGAGGAAAGGAUAGAGAAGGAAAUGGCCGAGAUCCGGCAGGAGAACAAGCGUUUGACUGAACCACUGCAGAAAGCCACGCAGGAAGUGUCGGAGCUGCAGAAACAGCUCGCCAACUACCAGAAGGACAAAGCCUUACUGGCGGGAGUUAAGGCGCGUCUCAAAGUGUCAGAUAAAGAGCUGAAAGACCUAAAAUGGGAGCAUGAAGUGCUGGAGCAGAGAUUCAGUAAGGUGCAGCAGGAGCGUGAUGAUCUGUACCAGAGAUUCACCAAGGCUAUCCUUGAGGUACAGCAGAAAAGCGGCUUUAAGAACCUUCUUCUGGAGAGGAAACUGGGUGCUCUCACCGACACCCUGGAGAAGAAGGAGGCACAGCUUAACGAGGUCCUCGCUGCCUCCAACUUAGAGCCCAGUGCCCUAAACGUGGUCACUCGCAAGCUGGAGGAAGUUCUGGAUUCGAAAAACGUUGCAAUUAAAGACCUACAUUAUGAACUAGCUCGUACAUGUAAGGCGCAUAACGACCUGCUGAGGACGUAUGAAGCAAAACUCCAGGCUUUCGGCAUUCCAGUGGAUGAACUGGGCUUUAAACCCCUCGAGAGCAGUUUACUGAAGCAGACCUUAGGUCAGGGACCAGCCGGCCUGGUGUCUGCCCCUCUCUAGCAUCGUUGCCUUAAACAUGUACUUUCACAUCAGACAUAUAAUAUCCUGAGACUCAUCUUACACUCACAGCUCAAAAUCAUGCUACAACAACAAAAGUGCUGAUAUUUCUGUCUUACUUUCUCUUUUAUGAAAUAAUUUUAAAUUUGUCCUAAUAAAUAUUUUGAGAA